AACAACGAACACAUAACAUUUGUUUAUAUUGAUUUAACCAAGUUAAUAGAGUGUAUUUGUUCUUUCGUGGGCGAAAUUGUCUUUUUAUAUAGAGGCAGGAAAAGAGGCAAAUUUUGAGAGGAAAGUGAAAAUAUUUUGCGCGAAGAGUUCGAUAGGUGAAGCAGGUCCAAACGUGAGGCAUGGUGGGGUGGAAGGGCCGCGUGACCACCGCGGUGAUGUCACCGGUCACGUUACGCUUAAAUGUGCGUCCUCUUUGUUCCCUGUUUUAACUCAAAGCCAAACAGUUUUAACGAAAAUAUUAGCCUCCUCUCAUCUCCGGAGGUCGAACACAAUCCGACUUUACAUCGGAGCCCCGGCAGCAUAAAAGGGCAAUGCACUGAUAGAGCCCGGUUCCAAAUUCUGCCCCUGGUCUUUCCCGUGACACGACGUCAAAAAUGCUCUCAGUUUGUAUUUUGGUCGUAAUGAAAAUCAACAUCACGUAAAUGAUGACAGAGAAGAACACCGUGCACUGGUUCAGAAAAGGAUUGCGACUACACGAUAAUCCCAGUCUUCGGCAGGCUCUCAAAGGGGCCAAGACAUUCAGAUGCAUCUUCAUACUCGACCCUUGGUUUGCUGGAGCCUCAAACGUCGGCAUUAACAAAUGGAGAUUUUUGCUUCAGUGUCUUGAGGACAUCGACAGGAGUUUGAGGAAUUUAAACUCUCGCUUGUUUGUUAUUAGAGGCCAGCCUGCUGAUAUUUUACCCAAGUUGUUGAAGGAAUGGGGAACGACUUGCCUUUCCUUUGAAGAAGACCCCGAGCCCUUCGGCAGAGUACGGGACCAGAACAUCAUAGUGAUGUGCAAAUCGAUGAACAUAGGUGUUGUAACGUCGGUUGCACACACACUGUAUAAAUUGGAAAAAAUUAUCGAAAAAAACGGAGGUAAAGCGCCGCUGACUUACCGCCAGUUCCAGUCGAUCAUAUCAAGUUUAGAAGCCCCACCACAUCCAGAGCCAACAGUCACACUGUCAUGGAUUGGAUCUGCAACUUCUCUUUUAUCAGAUGACCACGAUGAAAAAUACGGCAUCCCAACGCUUGAAGAACUUGGUUUCGACACUGAAGGUCUUUUGCCUAGUGUCUGGCACGGAGGGGAAUCAGAAGCAUUGUCUCGCCUAGAAAGGCACUUAGAAAGAAAGGCCUGGGUUGCUUCUUUCGGUCGUCCGAAAAUGACACCACAGUCUUUGCUGCCAUCGCAGACGGGUUUAAGCCCUUAUUUAAGAUUUGGCUGCUUGUCGACAAGACUUUUUUAUUAUGAACUCAACGAAUUAUAUAAAAGGAUAAAGAAAGCAGUUCCACCUCUCUCUUUGCACGGUCAAAUAUUGUGGAGGGAGUUUUUUUACUGUGCUGCGACAAGAAAUCCAAAUUUCGACCGAAUGAUAGGUAAUCCAAUAUGCGUUCAAAUACCUUGGGACAAAAAUCCGGAGGCCCUGGCGAAAUGGGCAAAUGGGCAAACUGGAUUUCCCUGGAUUGACGCGAUAAUGACUCAACUGCGCGAAGAAGGCUGGAUCCAUCAUCUGGCGAGGCAUGCCGUCGCUUGCUUUUUAACCAGGGGGGAUCUUUGGAUUUCCUGGGAGGAGGGUAUGAAGGUUUUUGACGAACUUCUUCUUGAUGCUGACUGGUCGGUGAAUGCAGGAAUGUGGAUGUGGCUGUCUUGUUCUUCUUUUUUCCAACAGUUUUUCCAUUGUUACUGCCCUGUGAAAUUCGGAAGGAAAGCCGAUCCAAAUGGUGAUUAUAUUAGGAAAUACUUGCCAGUUUUAAAAAAUAUUCCAACGAAAUACAUCCAUGAACCGUGGAAUUGUCCAGAGAGUGUUCAAAAGGCGGCAAAAUGCAUAAUUGGCAUUGACUACCCACGUCCUAUGUUAAACCACAGCGUUGUAGCUAGGCAUAACACAGAGAGGAUGAAACAAGUAUACCAGCGACUCAUAAAGUUUAAAGAAUCAGGCCUCUCCACACUCCUGAAUCGAAUACCUGUGUGUUAUUCAGAAAAGAUGAAACGUGACGACACGUACGAAGACAGUAUUUUAAUCACACCGGCUUUACCCUUCAACAAAGGGAUUUUGUAAAAGUGUGAUUAACUCUAAACACAACUAAUCAGAUCAGAUUGAUAAAUGUCGUUAAUUGAUUUCAUUUGUGUUGCAAUCGUUAGCAAUUACGAAAUUUUGAAGCGUAAUGUUUGGUCAUCGCUCAAUAAAACCCUGCCGCACUAUCAACGUGGGCAGUUUAUACAAUUGUACGUUUAUUUAUUUUUCUCUUGUGCAAAUUUUCAUUAUUUAAAUCAUGUUUUGAAUUUGGAUUAUAGAUAAGUUAUUGUAUAAUGAGGAAAUUUUGUAAAAGUAAGUAAUACAAAUGUUUCUUGUUCAAAAUGAAUGAAAUCAAAAAUUUUUUGAUUAACACAAAUUUUUCUGUAUUAUGUUUUUUCAUAUUAAAAAAGGUAAAUAUUU